UGUUGGUUUUGAUCACUGUAUCAUUCUCCGGCCAGCGGCCAAGGAGAUCAAGAUGAAGCUGGGCACACUGCUCCAGAAGCCUGACUCGACCAUUGACUUCAUCAUCCCCUACCCUGAGAAGCUGGAGAAGCCACACAAGGCCCAGAAGCCAUCUCCAGAGGAGGCUCUGCAGUGGCGUGAUUCCUUGGAGAAGCUGCUGCAACACCCCUGUAAGUUCACAUCUCCCUGUGGCUCUUUCCACGUGCCCUCAGGUGCUCAGGGAGGGCUUGGACCCCCUUGCAUGCCGGUGCUCAGCCAGGGCUCCCCCUCCCCCUUGCCCCCAGAUGGACUAGCCAGCUUCCACAGCUUCCUGCGCUCCGAGUUCAGCGAGGAGAAUGCCGAGUUCUGGGUGGCCUGCGAGGACUACAAGAAAACCAAGUCACCUGUGAAGAUGGCAGAGAAGGCCAGAAAGAUCUAUGAGGAGUUCAUCCAGACUGAGGCACCCAAAGAGGUGAACAUUGACCACUUCACCAAGGCUGUGACCAUGAAGAACCUGGUGGAGCCAUCACCAACCAGCUUUGACAUGGCCCAGAAGAGGAUCUUUGCCCUGAUGGAAAAAGACUCCCUGCCCAGAUUUGUGCGGUCAGAAUUUUAUCAUGAGUUAAUUAAGUAGCAGUGCAGCAGGGCUGUGCAAGGCACCCCUGCUGCUUCGACCUGAACA